AUGAGGGCUAAAGUCUCAGACAUGCACAGUAAGGACUGUGUCAAAGUGGCUGUCAGAGUCCGACCAUUCAACAAGAGAGAGAGGGAUGCGGGCAGUCGCUGUAUCAUCUCCAUGGUUUCGAGCUCCAUCACCAUCCAGGACCCACGGGAUUCCCAGAACCGACGGUCUUUCUGUUUCGAUUAUGCCUAUUGGUCCCACAGCGGUUUCACAAGAGACCACAGGGGUGUCUAUGUGCCUGAAGAGCCGGGAGGGAGAUACGCUGACCAGGACAGCGUGUUCCAAGAUUUGGGUGAAGGAAUAUUGGAAAAUGCGCUGCAGGGUUAUAAUGCCACAUUGUUAGCCUACGGUCAGACCGGCUCGGGGAAGAGUUACUCGAUGAUGGGUUAUGGGCCUAACAAAGGCCUAAUUCCUAAACUCUGCGACCGGUUGUUUCAAGCCAUCAGAGAAAACCAGGAGAACAGACAAUGUCAGGUCUUUUUCAGUAUGUUGGAAAUCUAUAAUGAGCAGGUGGUUGACUUGCUGUCUCGGGCGUCUCGGACUCCGGGCGGGCUCAGAGUCCGAGAGGAGCAGCAACGAGGAUUCUAUGUGGAGGGUCUCCGCACAGUCCCCUGCGAGACUGCAGCUCAGGUGGAGCAGUUGAUGGAGCAGGGGACGAGGACUCGAACCACUGCUGCUACCCACAUGAACGCCAACAGCAGCCGCUCGCACAUGCUCAUUAUCCUCCAGCUCAAACAGAUCUUCUCUAAAGAGAGCAUCACGAAGCAGUCCAACAUCAACCUGGUGGACCUGGCUGGCAGUGAGCGGCAGCGUUCAUCGGGGUCAGAAGCUGAUAGGCUCAAAGAGGGCACGGCAAUCAACCUGAGCCUCACCACCCUGGGCAAUGUCAUCAGCUCCCUGGCUGAUGUUGCGGUGGGGAAGAAGGUCGUCCAUAUUCCUUACAGAGACUCGGCCCUCACAAAGUUGCUGCAGUCUGCACUGGGAGGCAACAGUCGCACUGUUAUGAUUGCCACAUUGAGCCCUGCUGAUAUCUGCUAUGAGGAGUCUCUCUCCACGCUGCGCUACGCUGAGAGGGCAAAGCGUAUCCAGAACCGUGCAGUGGUGAACGAGAGCCCCACCGAGCGCCUCGUUAAAGAACUAAAGGCAGAGAACGCCAGACUGUUGCAGCGUCUGAGCCGUCUGGGCCAGGAGGGACGCAGGGCGAAUGACGAAACCAGUAAGAAUCAAGCCAUUCAGACUCUAUGGGAGCAGCACGUGCAGGAGGCCCUGAAAGACUGGGAGCAACAGUAUGCUAACAUCACACAGGAGAGGAGGAUGAUGCAGAUGCAUCCCUACAUCCUGAACAUCAACGAGGAUGCUCAGCUGUCGGGGGUGGUGAAGCUUUUCAUCCAGGAGGGGGAAUGGGACAUCGGACUGUGUGACUCCUCCCCACGGUCCAUUUGUAUCAAGGGUCUAGGGAUCCAGGAACGUCAUGCUGUGUUCAGGAAUGAACAGCGCAGGGUAACGCUGACCCCGAUGGCAGGAACAAAGGUUAUUGUAAAUGGCAAUCCUGUUUCUCAGACAACAGAGCUGCAGCACCUGGAUCGCCUCAUUCUGGGUUCCAACUGUACCUACCUGUUCAUUGGUUAUCCAUCAGAGAGAUGCGGGGAUGACUGGAGUCGCUAUGAUUACGAUUACUUCCAGUCUGAACUGGCUGCAGCUGAGGGCAUCCACCUGGGUGAGUCCAGUGCUGGAUUGAGUCAGACAGAGCCCAGUCUGCUAGCUGUCUUCUAUGAUUACAUCAAAUUGAUGCCCAUGGUGGCUGAGGCCAACCAGAUGAGCCAGGAAUUGAGCAAGGGUGUGGAGUUCAAGCUGGAGAUAAAAAAUCUGGCACUGUCAGAUUCAAAAGGCCACGAUCUAGAGAAAGACAUUGUUGUCCGAGUCACCUCCAAAGGAACCAAGCAGGUCUGGAUGUGGUCCAAAGCCAAGUUUAUUAACCGCAAGUUUCUGAUGGAAGAGGUUUACCAGCAGCAUUUGGCAGAGCAGAGCGGAGACAAUGAAGUAGCCGGGCUGUCAACAGUAACAUUACCCAGAGAUAAAGACCCAUUCUGGGAUCCAAUUGAGCCUCUUCUCCUGGGCACUGCCCACCUUUGGCUCCAAUCUUUGGCCUUCCGCAUUCCUCUGGAAGAGCAGCUAGAGGUGUUGGGGUCAGAGGGCACAGAGGAAGGCAUUCUACAAACACAGCUGGUCCCCUGCUCUUCAACUGGACUCCCUCUGGGUGAGGAUGACAUCCUGAUUGACCCAUCAGAGAUACUGGGUAGACGACUAGACUUCCAGCUGGUCCUGGAUCAGUGUUGUGGCUUACGCUGGAUCAGAGAGGCCCGCAAUCGAGGGGUUCAAAUUGGUUUCAGGUUAUUUGACUGCAGCCAGCCUCUGUACACUCCAGCUGUUUGGCACAACGUGAAUCCUCUGCUGGAUCACAGAGUCCACUUUGCCUCCCUCCACACCUCCCAGCGUCUGCUAGACUACCUGCAGAGCAGCGCUGUGGUGCUGGAGCUCUGGGGCCUUCAAGAGGGCUGCACUCACUUGAAGUGUUCACUGGAAGGUGUGCGGAUGACUACAGAUAGCAUCGUCAUCAUCGAUGAAUCGAGUCCAACAGAAAACACACCUGUGGACUCCUCAGACCUCAGUUGUUCAGUAAGAGCUCUUCAGCAGGACUUAGAUGAAUUAAAGAGUGUUAAUGAAUCACUGAGGAAAGAGAAUCACAGUCUGAGGGAACAACUCAACACAGCCAGAAAUGGUGGCGAGGCUGCGCGUAGUCGCUCGGUGCGUCCCAGCUGUGAUGCAGAGUUUGCCCGCGCUCUGAAGGUUUUCUAUCACAACAUGACUUCAGUAAGAGGUCAGCUGCAGCGCCUGCGCAGACACAGGCCCAGCGAUGUUAAUGUGCGUGCUUUCCAGGAGGAGUCAGACCUGCUGGGGCUCAGACUGUUUGUGGAUGAGCAGAGUCGUUUGCUGAGAGACUUCUCGGAGCAGCUGGAACAGAGCGUCUCCACACUCAAACAAGAUGUGGCCGCCAUCGUCCGCCGGAAACGAGAACGAUCAGGAAUCUGGUCUUGACCAGGGUUUUUAUUUUUUUAGGAAAGUCAACAUUUAUGUUGACACUUUAAUUUCACAUUCUGCAGAUAUUCCAGUUGAGGAGGGUAUGAAAUAAGCAGAUCAGGUUCUUACAAACUAAAUUCUUUGUUUGGGGAAAUAAACAUGACGGGGAUCUGUUAUGAUGCUCCUCAUUUUCUGUCAUAUACACUUUUCAAAUGGUACAUGCUUGUGUUAAAGCUGGAAAAACCAUUAAGAUAAUGAGGUGCCUGAGAGCCAAAACCUCA